AAUGUCAAGAUGGUCGUGUUAUGGAUUCUAUUGCUUUUUCUUCAUCAAGGAUAUUCUCUGGUUCCAGUGAAAACAGUUAAGCUCGGUGAAGCAGCAACUUUAACAUGUGCUUUACCCGAAGAGUUCAUCAAUAGAGUCCACUGGUACAAGCAGAGUGUUGGGGAUACGCUUAAAUUCAUUGUGACACUGUAUGGAACUACAUCACCUCAGUUUGCUUCAGAGUUUAAUAAAUUAAGAUUUGGGGCACAAAUUGAUGCAAACUUUAGCAGCCUGACCAUUUUGAAGACUGUCCACGAAGAUGAGGGAAUCUAUCACUGUGGAACAGACAACUGGAUUAAUAUUAAAUGGAAUGGAACAUAUUUGUUGAUAAAAGGAAACACUCAAAGGACAUCAAACUAUACCGUGGUCCAGCAGCCAGUAGAAUCAAAUCCUGUCCGUCCAGGAGACACAGCAGAUCUCCAGUGUUCAGUCUUCUCUGACUCUGAGAACGAGACAUGUCCAGGAGGUCAUAAUGUGUUCUGGUUCAGAGCUGGAUCUCAUCCAAACAUCAUCUACACUGAUGGAAACAGUACGAAUCAAUGUGAGAAAAGAUCUGAGACUCAGAAGAAAUGUGUUUAUCGGAUCUCUAAGAAUAUCAGCUCCUCUGAUAAUGGGACUUAUUACUGUGCUGUGGCCACAUGUGGAGAGAUAUUAUUUGGAAAUGGAACUACAUUGGAAGUUGACCAAACAACAAAAUUGAUAUUUAUUCAAAUGGCAAUAUUAAUAUCCUGUUUGGCAGUUUCUGUCAUUGGAAAUGUUUUCUUCAUCUGGAACCGAAGCGCAUGUAAGAAAUGUAAAGGAAUAGAAACUGCUAUAUCAGAAGUACAAACUGAGAACUUGCACCCACCCGUGGAUUUUCUGGGCUUGCUGGGCAGAGACGUUUGGUGUGGAUCAACCCCUCCUCACCUGUUGGUGGUUGAUUCCUCAGGCCUCAAGGAUAAGAAGAGCAGACUUAUGCAACCCGUGCCCAGUCUGCCUGCCCGCUCUCCACCUAUUAAGCCUGCUCAGUACUCCUUCCAAGCUCAGUUUUUCUAUGUUUCCAAGUAA